AUGGCAAUGUCGCAGUUUCGAUUAUCGAUAUUUGGGGUUCCGACAGUCACUCCAGUCCAUAGGACCCUGCAGGAUGUCUGCGAAGGAACAGGUACAGGUUCCCCUCCCCCUGAGUGGGGCUCGUACUGUAUGCCCUCUACUAGAAAUAUACUGGGUAAACCUAUCACUGAGCUUGUCCAUAAGCCGAAACUCAAUUGCAGCAGACUCCACCGAGUCGGGGCCAGGAGAGAAAGCCGUCGUACCACCCUAGUCAAGAUUGAUUGCAUCAUGACAACCGCAAGGCUGAUCCUGCAAUCGUGUCCCAAUGAUACGCUCCAAGGGAACGAAGAUCAAGAGAAGCUUUUCCCGCGCUGGGUCCCUACAGCUGAGGUCAUUCUUGAGCAGACUAAGAGGGGAAACACCCUGGCUGGUGGGUCACGGGCUGGGGUUUGCACUACAGAGUGCGUACACCCUGUUGAACACCUCAGAGUAGAAGUACGUGCUUCUAGAAAAGGAUAUGAUUUGAUCACUCGUGGUGCUGACCAGCCACAAGCAAAUGCCGCAGCCACUUUAGGCGAGGCUAAAAUUGCGGAUGGCUACUCUGCAAUGUCCGCAGCAGAGGAAGGACCCUUGCUAAUUAAUUGCUUUGCUCGGAUAGCAGGGGGUAUAUGCUUCCGGAACUAUUCUUAUCUUUAUAGGCUUGGUCUGAGCUGCGACUUGGAGAUCCAUUCCAAUCACUGCAGGCAAUUUUGGACAUUUAUGGCAUCCCGUGAAGCUUCCCGCCAAGAUCAUCUGAUGCCGUGUGGCACGGCGGGCCUGUGGCAGUGCGCCAGUGGAUUAUUGACUCCCGGACCAUUCCUCUUUCUGACUGUCGCCUUGCAUUCUUCCGUCCACAAGGGACAAGGGACACGACGACGCCUUUCCCUCCCCAUCCAUCCAUCCAAUCGUACCAUGAUAUACCCUCGCUCGAGGACUAAUACUUUCGCAUUACGAGGUGGGAUAAACUGGGAUAAUCCACCAGGCCACCCAUGGGUUGCUCGGAUGGCUGACUGA